AUGUCUAACAAUUUUGAAGAUUCUUUAGAUUUCGAGAUUAGAUUUUUAAAUAGUUCUUUAAAUAUUAAUAAUAAAUUAUUAAUUUUAAAUAUAUUAAAAAAAUAUUCUACCUUCACUCUAAAAGACUUUAUGAGGGGAAAUGAAAUUGGAGCUAUCGAUCCACCUUUCUUCAACCAAGUGGUAGAAGGAGAGAAUUAUUCUUUUCAUUUUUCUUCUUUCGAGGUAAAAGAAAAACUAUUCUUUUUUUUCAUGAAAAUGGAGAUCAAGUUUUUCAACAAGGAAAUAUUCUUUUUGAUUAUAAAACAAAAAAUAGUUCCAAUUGGAAAAGAAUUCGCCAGAUUAGCUUCGCAAUAUAACAAAUAUUCAACUCAAACUUAG